CCAAACCCCUAAAAAAUGCAACAAUCCAAGGCAGGCCUCAGGGCGCAUCCCAGCGGUGACCCAACAGAGGGCGGCCACACCCCCAGGGAGAGGCCGGGUGGGGACCGUUGGACGCAGCUCUCCCAGUCCAACUCCUCGGGGCAGAGUUCCCACCGACGCUGCCCUCCAGGCCACCCGAUCCUCGAGCCAGCUGGCCCCACGGAUCCUCGGAAGGGCAAGGGGGCGGCCACGGGACGGCGGGACGGUCGUCGGAGGGCGCCCUCCACGCCGAAGCCGCCUUCCAAAGCCCCCAACAUGGCCCGGGGAGGCGGGCAGGGCUGGAGUUCCGGGGAGUCGGACGGGCCGCCAGAGGAGCAGGGGGCCGAGGACAGCGGAGACAAGAUGGUGAAGGAGACCCAGUACUAUGACAUCCUGGGGGUGAAGCCCAGCGCCUCCCCGGAGGAGAUCAAGAAGGCCUACCGCAAGCUGGCGCUCAAGUACCACCCGGACAAGAACCCGGAUGAGGGCGAGAAGUUUAAACUCAUAUCUCAGGCAUAUGAAGUACUUUCAGAUCCAAAGAAAAGGGACGUUUAUGACCAGGGCGGUGAACAGGCAAUUAAGGAAGGCGGCUCAGGCAGCCCCAGCUUCUCCUCACCCAUGGACAUCUUUGACAUGUUCUUUGGUGGCGGAGGACGGAUGGCGAGAGAGAGAAGAGGCAAGAAUGUUGUACAUCAGUUGUCUGUAACUCUUGAAGAUUUAUAUAAUGGAGUCACAAAGAAAUUGGCCCUCCAGAAAAAUGUAAUUUGUGAGAAAUGUGAAGGUGUUGGUGGGAAGAAGGGAUCUGUAGAGAAGUGCCCACUGUGCAAGGGGCGAGGGAUGCAGAUUCACAUCCAGCAGAUCGGACCAGGCAUGGUGCAGCAGAUCCAGACCAUGUGCAUUGAGUGCAAGGGCCAGGGCGAGCGCAUCAACCCCAAGGACCGCUGUGAGAGCUGCAGCGGCACCAAGGUGAUCCGAGAAAAGAAGAUUAUCGAAGUGCAUGUGGAGAAAGGUAUGAAAGAUGGGCAAAAGAUACUAUUUCAUGGAGAAGGAGAUCAGGAGCCUGAGCUGGAGCCUGGUGAUGUCAUAAUUGUGCUUGAUCAGAAGGAUCAUAGUGUCUUUCAGAGACGAGGCCAUGACUUGAUCAUGAAAAUGAAAAUUCAGCUUUCUGAAGCCCUUUGUGGCUUCAAGAAGACGAUAAAAACGCUGGAUGAUCGAAUCCUUGUUAUUACGUCCAAAGCAGGUGAGGUGAUAAAGCACGGGGACCUGAAAUGUGUGCGAAAUGAAGGAAUGCCUAUCUACAAAGCACCUCUGGAGAAAGGAAUUCUGAUCAUACAGUUUUUAGUAAUCUUUCCUGAGAAACACUGGCUUUCUCCAGACAAGCUUCCUCAGCUGGAAGCUUUACUCCCCCCUCGACAGAAGGUGAGAAUUACAGAUGACAUGGAUCAGGUGGAGCUGACAGAGUUCAAUCCCAGUGAGCAGAACUGGCGCCAGCACAGGGAGGCCUAUGAGGAGGACGAUGAUGGGCCCCGGGCCGGAGUGCAGUGCCAGACGGCGUGAUGUUCCCAGUGCAGCGGGACCCAGCUGGACUAGCACACGAUGAAUGUAAAGUUGGCACAAUGAAAAUGGCAUCGCUUUAAUGGCCUCGUGUUUGGGGUGUCCUGUGUAUGUGUUCAGCAUUCUCAAUUGCUGAGUAUCUUUUUGGUUUUCUUUUUCUUUUGGUUGUAAGUUAAGCUUAAUUUAUACUUAAAUGUUUUAAGUGUAAAUCACCUCUAGUCUGCAUAUGGAAUCUUUUUAUUUAAAUUUUCGGGAUACUUUUGAGAUGCCAGUGACUGCACUGACACUUUGUGCUUCUAGUGGCUUUGCCAUAAUUCAGUUCCACCGAUAAAGCACAGCCCAGAUAGCAGCACUCAGCCCCCUAGCAAACCUCCAGGCACCAAGUGGGCAUCCUGGCCCAUCUCUAGCUCUCUGCUUUCUCUCCCCUCCGUUCCUCCCAUGGCAGAGUUACUGAGGGCAUGAUCUCAGGGCUGCUGAUGUGACACUUCUGAAUCUAGAUUCUAGAUGAUCCUCCUCAAGAAUAAAAGCACAUCUGUGGAUUGGACUUGGCUGCAGUGCCUGGUUCACUGUUCUGUGCCCUUGAGUGGUUGGAAUGGGGUGUGAGUGUGUCUGAUCAUCUCUCUUGGAAGCUUCCUGAACCUUCCAAGCUUUAUGGCGAGGACAAACCAGUGUUUUCAAUGAAAUGCCAACAUAACUAUUUGCCUGUAACCCUGUACCUUGCUCUUUGUGGUUUUAAUGAUUUUCUGUUGACAACCUCUGCAGUGCUCUCCCACCAAAGUGCUUGCUUGUAAAGAAAACUGUGUCCCCAGCAGCCUCAGUGCAGCAACAUAAGUCAUGGGAGGAUGCUGGUGGUUUGGCCUCACGGCACAGCCAACUUCCUGCCUGACCAGUGAUCCCAGGCGACUUGAGGGCCUGGAAAGGCAUAGAACUUCUCAGUGUUUUCCACCUCAUUCUCGCAGGUUCAACUCCCUUCCAAAGGAUUGUUCCUCUCGUUGCACAGCUAUAUUACAAAGGCCUUGCUGCUCAGGUGAUAAUGUUUUGGUGAGAAUUGUACUGACAGAGCUCCACUAUAGAUCACAGUCUAUGGACUACCACUGUAAAUGAUAGCGCGUAUGGAGGGAUAUUAGUCAUUAUUCUACUCGUGGCAGGUAGACUACAAUUUAAACUUAGGGUUACCUCAACUUUUAGCUAUUACUGCUCCUUUUCUUCCAAGACAGUCAUGAAGAAAAACUGCUACCUUCUAAGCUGCUGAAUUAAAGCAGGGGCCACCUGUCAGAUCCAUCCUUAUUUGGUUGUAGAACCUGAGAGUCUGACUCAGACCAGGGACCUCCCCUAGGAGGGUGGAGGGUCAAAGGACAGAUCAGACCCACGGCAGGUAGGGUACGCCUUCUGGUGGACCAGCCUCCAGCAGAACAUUGCUGGCUAGUGGGUGGGCAGAAUUUGCUCAAGAUAGGUGUAGAAAGAGCCCACCUUUGACCAUUGGUCAGGAUAGACAUAAAACCUAUUCUUCCAGCUAAGCCUAUGUGAAAAUCAAUUUACAAAUGGACCACGACUCCAGGGUGUUUUGUUUCUUUGCUGUGACUUUCUAAUAAAUUAUUGCUAGAGAACUGCUCUGUAGUUGAUGAUGGGGCAAAAUUACAUUCAGUUCCUUGUCAUGUAAAUGGAAUUUGGGGGGGUGUUGCUUAAAAUUUAUUCCACCUGUACAUUUGUCAAUUGAAAAUUAAAACUGAGCUGGAAUGAGAGAAAAA